GCGAGACAAAUACUGCGAUGGAGCUGCCCUGCAGGUCUGCCGUAUGAUUUCGAAGAUGUUCUCGUUGCUGAGGCGGUGGAUUCCCAUUCUUUGCCUGGCUGGUGUCCUCCCCCCUUGCUGUUCUGGAGUUCAGGUCUAUGUGAGAGAUGAGAAGAGGUUUGUGGUGUUAUUCCAGUCUGUGGUGCUGCCAUGCCACUACUCCAGUGUGUCCACACAGACCCCUGUGGUGCAGUGGGUCUAUAAGUCCUACUGCCGUGACCGCACUCGAGAUUCGUUCAGCGUGGGUGGAAGCGGAGGCCUCGGUGGCGGUCUUGGCGGUGUAACUGGAGGGGCCGGAGGAGGGUACGAGACUGGAACAACAUCAGCCUACCUUGACUGCUCCGACAGUGGCCGGACAGUCCGCACCGUUGCCUCAAUAUCUGGUUCCUCGGUCACAUUGUCGGAGUAUUACAAGAACAGAGACAUCUCCAUCAUCAACAAGGCAGACCUGCGUGUAGGAGAGGUGCAGUGGGGAGACAGUGGAAUCUACAUCUGUAAAGUGGUCAUAGCUGAUGAUUUGGAAGGAGAAAAUGAAGCCCCCGUGGAGCUCCUGGUGCUAGAGUGGGUGUUUGUUGCAGCUGUGGCUCUGGGCAUUGUAUUGUUCCUGUUGCUGGUGGGGGUGUGUUGGUGCCAGUGCUGCCCUCACUCAUGCUGCUGCUACGUCAGCUGCUGGUGCUGCCCAGACACCUGCUGCUGCCCCAGGCACUUGUAUGAGGCAGGUAAAGGUAUAAAGACAGGCACCAACACCCCUCAGAUGGCUGCCUACCCUCCAUAUUUUGUCUCUGGUGUCCCGACCAUGGUUCCCAUUGCUCCCCCUUCCCUGGUUGACAAGAUGUCUCCCAUCCCCCCAUCUGACAGCAGUCUUCUUGCUACAGUGCCAAUGCAUGGAGUCAGGGUUCCUUACCGCGUGCCCUCAUCCCAGGAGCAGGACUCUCUGAGGGUACUACAGUAUGUAGAGAAACAGCUGGCUCACUUCAACCCUGCCAGGUCCAACAGUCACCAGUCCUGCAGCCUGUCAGAGUUAAGCUCUCUCCAUGAGGGAGAAACUGGCUUCCGCCAAACUUACAAGAAUGUCCAGAAGAAGGCUCUGCCUGCCAUCCCUGACCAUGAACCCCAGCCUGAACCCCAGCGCUACCGUGACAACCACAGCGCAGAGCUGCAGCGUUACCGUGAUGAUGCCCCUUCCCCACAACGCUAUCGUGACGGCCCUGAUUCUGAGCCCCAGCGUUAUCGUGGUGAGCCACAUUCUCCACGGCGUCACAGUGAUGACCCACCAUCAUCCUCUCAGAUGCGCAGGUCCACCCGGAGCCAACACUCACGCACCCAGAGCCAGGAAGACCAACACAACAGGUGGAACCCACGUUCAGAGCACCUCCAAAGGAAGACUUUCCAAAUGGCUGGCUGGACCGGCUCCUUGGAGGAGUUGGAGGAGUGUGCUGUGUCUUAUAGGCGGAGGGAUGGCAGAGGGGUGGAGAAAAGAGAAGAAGAUAGGGGGGACUAUGAGUUGGAGCUUCGGGAGUUCAGCCGGUACCCUUCCUAUCAGGAUGGACCACCACAGCGUUAUCACAAUGGUGACAUUGAUCACCAUGAUGAUAGUGACCACGAGGAUCAUCCCAGACGAGACAACAAAAACGGACGCCACAUAAGUCCACUUCCCUCACCUACAAAGAGGCGAGGCACUUGGGAUAGUGAACGCCCUGUGCCUCCUCUUCCACGUGUCAGCCCACUCUCCUCUUCCAAUCAAGAGAAUUACGACAGCACCUUCCUAAACAACCUGUUGGAGCGCAAGGCAAAGUUAAGAGGAGUAGGCCAGGGGAGAAGUGGGACCCGGGGUGAAGAAGAUUCAGACACACCUUCUAAGGGCAGCUCUAAAAAGAACAGCGGGGAAUCUAGCCGCCAUCAUAGCCGCUCACCUAGCAAUAGGCUUGAGGCGGGGGAGGGAGAUUCAUUGCCUCCAUACUCUGACACUCAACGAAGCAGAACUGACAAACCCUCUCCGCGGCCACCCCCUUCGUACAACCGCCCGUCUCAAGCUCCCGCCCAAACAAUGACCAGUCGCAGAGAGGAACCUAAAGACAAGUCGCGGAAAGUGAACACCCUUCUCAGCCGAGAUUCUCUUAUCGUCUGAUGGACCAAAAGCCAGCAUGACCAGAGCCAUGCAGCACAUAGCACUCAGCCCUCCUGACAACUUCAUGACAGCUUCAUGUCCAGAGAAUGAGAGAACGGCUGUUGGAGCACAUCCAGAGGGUGGAUUACAUCAACCUUGGAAAGCACAUCUGAAAAAUGCUACUUUCCAAUGGGUGCAGAAGCCAAGCUGGAUCAGUGCUGAUGAAUGGAGGAGUUGACAGCGCCAUGUAGACUGAUGCAGGGCUUUCUCUCUCGGUGACAAUGGUGAAGGAUGAAGUCAUUGUUGCUGGGUUUCUGUCACCAGCUGCUCCAAAUAGCUAAGCGACGUCAGACUAAUAUUGAACUAAUGUUGGGAUUCCAACCGGACCGCUGCUCAUUGCAGAAGACCACAAGUCAUCCCUAGUCCCUUUUGGCAUAUAUCUCUGAUCCAGGGAGACACCCCAUACAUUCCCAUCAUAAUGAGUCCAUUCAUUUGCACUUCAUGAGACAACCACAUUUAUCAGUCCCAGUUGUGAAACAGUAAGUGUAUGACAAAAACACCAUUAUUGUAAGGGACCUAGUUUCAGUCCCAUAAUACGCAGAUGCAGUUGUGCAGUGUACAUCCUGCAGUUGGAUGUAAAGAAUGAAGCACCGAAGUCAGUCAAUAAGCAUUUGGAAAAACAUGUAUGAUGGAUAUUGACAUCAAUAUUGAUGUUAUCUAUGGAGGGAAGGGUGACAUUUGCACACACUAACUGUUCUCCUAAAGGGACAAAGCCUAAUUGAACUUUGAAAGAUGUAAAUUUAAACAGCGAUGAAUGGACAUUUAAAAGAUUUUGUACUUUUGGUAUGAUGUCAUUUAUGUCGAUUUGGCUUAUUUAUGUAUGCUGUGUAUGUGUUAUAGUUCACAAUCUUUAUGAUUUGUAAAUGAUUGUUUGUCAAAGCACAUUUGAAUGACUGUGGACAUAAGGUUGAGUGUUUACUUUGAUUAAUUUGACCUUUUCUUAUCACUGCUGUGUCAACCGAACUUACAAUGUUAUCUAACACACACACACACACACACACACACACACACACAUUACUGAUGACAUCAUUUUGUGUACAGUGUCAUUUGUGUCGUUUCUUGACGUGUCUUGUUUUAGCGAGCCUUUAAGCAAGGCUAAUUAUCAAAGUGACAGCUUUGGUUUUCUUCUCUUAUCGUUGUAUAGUGUUUUCUGUGUGUGAGAAAGAGAGAGAGAGAGAUGACUCGUUGGUUUUCUGUCAGCAAGACAAUGUGUCAUUGAGCGUGACUCAUCACCCGCGGUGUCUUUGUCCAUUGUUCUAAUCACUGACUGUCUGUUCUUAAAAUACAACUAGGUAAAAAAAAAAAAAAAUUCAAAACAUGCGGCACAUACUCACUCGUGCACGGGACGUUUUGUCACUGCCUUAAAUAAUUUCCCUCAUAAUUCAGUCUUUUUUCUUUUUGUAACAAUCACCAUCUAUUCAUAAUGGAUUCAUUAAACGUGUGGAGAUCCAGUACAGCAUAAUGCAGACUUUUCA